GGAACACCCUACAGUCACCGCCGUCUGUCCACACCCGGAGGAAGCCCAACGGAACACGUGGCACGAGAAGUGACGCCGAGCAGAACUUCGACGAUCGUCAAACAGGAACCGAUGGAAGGCAUCACAAGUCACAAGGACAGCGGUGCGAUCAGUGAGACAGCUGCAGCGAGCACACAGCACACGGAAGCAGAUGCUGCGACCGCUCACCGGCAACAUCAAGGCCACCCAGCGAAGCUCCCCUCAGUGGACACCGGUGCCCACAACAACAACACCAUCAACAGCAACAACAACAACAACAACAACAACAACACGAUCGCGCAUCGCAGUAACGGUUCGGUAACGGAAGAGGACGACGAAGAGGAACGACGUGGCCACGCCACGGGUAAAGACACAACGCAGGAUGAACACCCGGCGUCAACACCGCCACCACCCGUACCGAUCGACUGGAAACCGCAGGACAAGUGUUACUUCUGUGUCGACGGAAAGCUCCUGACGGUGAACGAAGCUGGCGAACUGGUGCCGGAAACUGGUCCCGUGCCCACCGAGUCCGAUCAUCGGAUUAUCGGUCUCAAUCGACGGGCUGCCGUGACAGCUGCCGCUGCUGCUGCGGCACUGGCCGGUGAAUCGGAUAGCGAUACGAGCGAAAGCAGCGAACCGGAACUGUUGGCCAAUCUGCUGAGUGGUGCCCGGCUCGGAAUGGGUGCCACCGCUGCAGCCAGUGGACUGCCGAAUGCCAAAACGAUAGCAGCACUGCUGCGGGACGCCGGUGCCUCCCAGAAUCUGUCUUCGUUGCAGAACUUUGCGGCACAGUUCAAUGUGGCCGCCACGAACCUGCCAAAUCUUGCCCAGCUUUACAAUCCAGCUCUGUGGUAUUCGCAGCUGCAGCAACAACUUUCGCCCUCAGCAAUGGACACGACGGCCGGUGGUGUGUCAGCGGCGACGGCGGCCGCGGAGUCGUCCAUCAGUCCUUCCACGACCGCGACCAAAAUGGCGACUGCCAGCGGGGAGCAACCGCUCGAUCUCAGCGCCAAACCCGGCACCUCCGGCAUGAGCACGCUCCUGAGCAGCAUGAUGGAUCCGAAGCUCCUCUACAACAGGCCAAAACAGCGCCUAUCACCCACGGUAAGCGGUGGCCGAAAGGCGUACACCGAGGAUGGACUGCAGAGCGCACUGCAGGACAUCAUCAGUGGGCGGCUCGGCACUCGCCGGGCCGCCGUCCAGUACGGCAUCCCCCGUUCGACGCUUCGCAACAAGGUCUACAAGCUGGCCAUCGGUUACAAACGUGGACUCGGUGGCAUUGGAGGUACCGGCACCGGCGUAGUCUGCCCCGAUGGUCUACUGGACGAUGACGAUGAUAAGGAUUCGCAGGACGAAGAGAUGAAGGAGGCCGAACUGUUGGACAAACUGCCACAUCACGUGCUAGCCGAGAUGGUGCUAAAGAUGUACGAUACCGCGGCACGCCACGAAGCGACGGCCACACCACCGGUCACCGUCGUACAGCAUCGUGCCACUCCGGAACCGGCCAUCCUGGAAGCGCUCGCCCUUAAGCAACACAUCCAGUCACCGACCGUUAUCGGUGGCACUGGCAAUCGACCUUCAGCCGCCCCAACGCCAGUAGCAGCAGCAGCGCCACCACCAGCGACCACACCGACCACGGCACAAUCAUCGUCCCCGUUGGCUGCGGCCGCCGAUUCCACCCUGCUCGACCCAAACCUGCUGAUGCAGGUGCAGCGUACGCUCGCGGUGAUGGCCAGUGCCCGGGCACAGGUUUCCGGUGAAGCACAGCAAGUGCUAACCGAAGUGCCGGAUCUGCUACGCAAACUGAUCGAACAGCAACAGCAACUGGCCGAUCAGAUCAAGCUCGUGAGCGCCCAUGCGCUACCGUCAGCAGCACCCGGCACACCGUCAGCCCCUAACCUCAUUCCGGCCACCAUCAACAACAACAACAACAACAGGAACCAGAACUGUUCUCCGUCUCCAUCGCUGAGUGCGGCUCUGGGCGCCAAUGGAAUACCGACCACACCACAGCAUCAACCGACGCCAACGUCCACGCUCGAUCCAUCGUGCUAUCUGCCGCUACUGCAGCAGCUACACCAGGAGCGCAAACUGCGCACGAUCUCUGCCACCGGCGGUACACCGGACACACCCGUCUCGCUGUCCUCGAUCGAGCUCGAUCGAGAGGCACGAGAUGGUGCGUCCGCGGACGAUCCACAAUCCGUCAUCCUCAAGAUUCCGUCCUAUGGUCGAGGGGUUGGAGGGGUAGCGGCGGCGGCGACGACGGCAGGUCCACCCCUACCACCAGCGCCCCCCGGCAUCUCACCUUCACCUUCGAUCGGUCCAAAGAAUGGUGAAAUGGAGCAUCAUCACCAUCACCAUCACCAUCAUCAGCGGCAUCAUCUGCAGCAGCAGCAGCAUCAUCAUCAUCACGGUGCUCUGACGUCACCAUCACCACCGACGGCUGCUGCUGCGGCCGUACUGAGUAACCUCGUCGGUGUUGGUCCUGCCGGGACUCCUACCGGAACCGUCCGGAACCAUCAACACCACCUUCCACACCUGCCACAUCCGCAUCACCUGCAGCAACAUCCUUCCACUAGUCCUCAGGCACCGCAGACGGUUGGCAACAAUGGGACCACGGUCAGUGCCGCCCAGCAACAACCUUCCCUUGCCUCUUCCCUUUCCUCCUCGUCACCACUUUCCACGCUGUCGGUUGCGUCUUCGGUUCCGGAUCCGCGAACUGCCGUGCCACCCUCCGGGAACCACCAUUCGCACCCAUCACAUCAUCUCCCGCACCAUCAACCGCAUCAUUCCGUCAUUUCACCCCCGUUGCUAAACCUGGGCCGGUCCGCCAUGAAGCCCGUGCCGGACGAUACCGCAAUCUCUCCGCCAGCACAGUCCACCACACCCGGAGCGGCCACCGUACCAUCGCGUACGACCGGUUCACCGAUAGCCGGCAACAAAGCGAUGCUCUCCGUGCACGAGGUGAUCGUACGCAGCAUAAGCGAAAACUUCCAGAAACACCAACAGCAGCAGCAGCAGCAGCAGCAGCAGCAGCAGCAACAACAGCAGCAACAACAGCAGCAGCAGCAACAACAACAACAACUGGGAGCUGAAAGUUUGCUGAAGCAACAGAUGGAACAGAUGCAGAAGCGUCCCAGCAUCUACGUGAACCGAUCGCUCGGUGACAUUUCGCACUUUGGCGGUGGGAAUGCGGUGGCCGCGGCAGCUGCCGUCGCUGCUGCCGGUCUCGGUACGGUCGGUGGCGCACACCUAGCGGCGGCCGCGGCCGCAGCAGCUGCUGCCAACAACGGCAACAACGGCAACAACGGCAACAACAACAACACUGGCACCGGUGGUAAGGGAACGCGCCCAAAGCGUGGCAAAUACCGAAACUACGAUCGGGACAGUCUCGUGGAAGCGGUGAAAGCGGUCCAGCGAGGGGAAAUGUCCGUCCAUCGGGCCGGUAGCUAUUACGGUGUGCCACACUCGACGCUCGAGUACAAGGUGAAGGAACGGCACCUGAUGCGACCGCGCAAACGUGAACCAAAACCCCAGCCAGGGCUGGACGGUGAUCAUCAUCAUCACCAUCAUCAUCAUUCGCACCAUUCGCGGUUGGGUGGUGCCGCGUCGAAGGCGGACAGUUCCGGGCUGCGAUCCGGGCUCGAUGGUGGCAAAGGUGGCAAAGCGGCCACACUAGCGGCUACUGGUGGUGGUGGAGGGGCGGGUGCAGGCAGUAAAGGCACUUCCGGUGGUCACACGAGUAAGAAUCAUGCCACCGGGGGGCAACACCGUGAUGCCACAGUGGCCGGUCAGGCACCAGCGCAGCAACCACCGUUUGGACUCGGUUCACCGAACGGUGGCCUCAAGAUGCCCGGUAUGUUCGAUGCAUCGGCGAUCGCUGGCCACGCCGCCGCCGCCGCCGCCGGUCUACCGUACGGUGCUUCGUCCUUCUUCUGGCCACAGGCGGCAGCUGCGGCAGCCGCAGGAUUCGGUGGCCUUCCCGGAGUUGACUUUAGUGCGCGUCAGCAGGCUGGUGGUGGUGCGGGUGGCGAUGCGGCCUCUGCUGCUGCUGCUGCUGCCGCUGCCGCUGCCGGUCUGUUUGGAUCGAGCUCGUUGAUGCAACGGUUCCAGCAGGAAGCAGCAAGCGCCCUAUCACCGGAUGGUCGGCAUCAUGGUGGCAACAAGUCGGCGCUCGGUGGCGUCAAUGCGGUCGGAUCGGCGGGAGCUGCGGGGUUACCGAAAGGGAGCACGGUGCGUGAGAUGGCCGAGCAGCUGUACGAUGGUAGUGGUACGAACGGAGGCUCCUUUCUGGACGACAUUAUCCGGCACAGUCUCGAUAAGAAGCCGGGUGAUAGUGCGCUGUUUGAUCAGCUGCUCAAGAGUAACCUCCGAUCGACGGUUUCACCACGGGAUGGGAUGGUGGGCGAUGGUACCGGCGAUGGUCUUCUGUUGGCCAAGGGUGGUUUGAAGCGAGCGGCCACCAGUUCACCGCUUGGUUUCCAUCCGGAGGCGGCACUUGUGAAGCGAGAACGGGCCAGUCCGGGUGCUUCGUCCACGUCGUCGACCGGUAGCAGCAAACCGAGCUCACAGCUGUCCCUCGGAAACAUGGAGCAUCUGAUGAGGCUGCGCGAGAACCUUUCGUCGAUGUCCGCGGCGCACCUUCAGCGGACCGCGAUGGAGGAGCUCAACGGUGGCCAUCAGGUGCUCGGUUCCGCGGGUCUCGAUCGCCACGAUCAACACUCGGAUGGCGGGGAUUCGGAUGAUGUCGGUGUCGGUGGAUCUUCGCGAUCACUUGCCGGCUUGCAGCAGCAGCAGCAGCAGCAGCAGCAGCAACAUCACCUCCAUGGAUCAACGCACCAUCAUCAGGCGGCGCUCAGUCUGCGCCACAGCCUCAGCCAACAUCAUCACCUCCAGCAGCAGCAGCAGCAGCAGCAUCAUCAGCAGCAACAGCAGCUCCGUCCACCGGGGAUCACCGGCGAUGACAGCUCGUAGGAGCGGUUGUGGCGGCGAUGCAUCUGCUAAUGGUCCAUGGUGCAGGUGAGGCCACCAACACCACCACUACCCGCCAUCCAGAAUCCCUAUUAAGACACUCUGCCUCACUCUCGAAGAGCUCGAAGGAGGUGACGGAAGCGGAGAAUCGUAUAUAGUUCAAAUACAGUACUCGUAACAGUGUAACGCGUGACGGUUAGUAGUCAAACAAACAAAAGAAAAAGGGCGAAGAAGAAAGUAACAAACACAAAGAAGGAAAGAUGAACGUGAGGGAGAGAGAGAAGAAAUUAGAGAAAUAGUUGGGUAAAACGGAACACAAACCAAGCCGAUAACGGAGAGGACGAAGUGUUAACAAUUUUAUCCAUUUAAGCAAAGUCGAUCGACCACCAACAGGGUACAGGAUCGAGCUACACGAGAGUGUUUCUAAAACCUAUUCUUAUGGGGUCUCCCAAGCAAACAAACAAAAAGAGAACGGGGUGACGACAGUCUACACAGGACACAGGUUCGGGGACGGGAAGAAGGAUACACCGAAACAGAGAUGGCAAAGCAAAGCAUUCUUUUUAUUCAAAGAAGAUUCCCGGCGGAAGAGUGGAAUCAGUGAAAACCAUCCCAUCUCCUACAUCAUCUGCUGCAUCAUCAACCACGAUAUGCACGAUCGUGAGGCGCUCAGCUUCCACAGGACGAUCAAAAGAGAGAGAGAGAGAGAGACAGCGAGAAACAAGUGGUAACCGACAGGGAAAUGAAGGGAAAAUCGCGCACUAACAAACUGGAACAAACACAGACACAGUUUCCCGUAGUCGUAGCCAGCAAAUACACACAGGGAGCAAACAAGCAGAAGAGGAGCGUCCUUGAUAGAGAGUAACGUUUUAGACAAUCGACAAAUAGGCUUCGGUGUGAACAACACUCUCACACCUUCAUCUCACAAGUACACAAAAAAACACCCACAUACACACACCAACAUCACAAAUGUCCAUAAUCCAUCGUCAUGACUAACAUAUUGCAUACACCGGCAUAGCAUCGCAGGAGAGAAGCUCCAGUAGUAGCAGCAGCAGCAGCAGCAACAGAAUCGCAAUAGAGAGCAAGAACACUAGAGGCAAUAGAAGAAACCACCACCACCACCACCAAACCACCACCAUUAUCACGACCAAAAACAUACGGAGAAUCGAAGUUAAGAACGAAGUUGGAAGCGCCUGCCUUCCCACGCUUUCCCCGGCUGCUGGCCACGGACGGAAUUGGUGCUGGAUCAGCCUUAGUCGUCGAUCGUCGAUCACCAUAGCCAGACAAAGUCUACAAAGAAACAAACACACUUGGUAGCAUUUGAAGCAUUUUUCCCUCUGGAGGCCCACCUGGAACCCCCUAUCUACUCGAUCGAGGAGAGCGAAGAAGCGAAGAGAGCGGUGCGAAGGAGAGAAGCGUAACCGGAACUGAACUCUGUAAUUACAAUUUUUGGAUAACUUUUUUAGGCUUUAAUCUAGGAAAUCUCGACACGAACACGGGCGGGCGAGGCCAGAAAGAGGGAUGCUGGUGGGUGUGCCAGGUGGGGCAGACCUUUCUGGGAGGGUGCGUGUUUCGCUUUUCCACCCGCCACCCGUUUUCGUCGGCUUCCCCCGUUCUUUAGGCCAUCUAAGAACACGGACACGCAGGACACGGGCAUGCAUUGGUGCAGAUAUCAAGACAUACAGUGCAAGGAUUCAGAUAUUUAAGGGUUCAGGAGGAGUGAAGAGUGAGCGCGAAAGGAGGAAAAGGAGGUACGUGCAUUUCUUUUACGUUUUGUCUAGGUCCCGGGACGGGGACAGGGUGAUUGAUAAAGGGAACCGAAACAUUCCAUUACGAAAACGAAACGAUACGAGAAAAAGAAACCAGAAAAUAAUACCUAAAUGUUGUGGCUAUAAUCCCAAAAUUUUCAAAAGUAUUAUCCGUUCCUUCAGGCCAAAUUCCAACCCGUUGGCUGAGGCGAACGAAGCGAAGCUGCGUUGCGCUUUUUCCACAGAGCGAGCGAGCUAGCGUGGAAAAUCUAUUUGGUGUUCAAAAUUAUAUCAUUCCACUGUAACAGCUGUAACGCAACGUGAAACACAGAUAGCGAGCGAGCUGUAAUGGGAAGGAAAUUAUCAAAAGUGCGCCCACUCUGUCUUGUCACUACAGACACACUGACCGGGCGCCGAGGGGGGUGGUUUUACAUACCGCGAGAGUAUUAUAAAUAGCCCACCAAGUGCCGCUUGGUGCAGGAGUGUGGUCAGUGAGGCGAUAAUCCCCCCCAAAAAAAAAAGUAAUCGAGGAAAAACAACCAAAAAAAAUCAUUCUAUGUUUCGACGUUUUUACAUUUCUAAAUCUAAACCGAUAUUGUAGCAAAGAGAGAAAUGGGGAGGAUUAGGAGGAAGGAGGCAAACAGCGGCCGAUAGAUUGUGGUGUCGUGCAAAAUCUUAUCAAAAUUUAUCACAAAAUCCUACCAAGCAAAAAGCAUAACCUAAAGUCUAACUCGAUGUUUUUAGGUGUAAGAGGGGCCGAAGCAUUUUU